AAGAGUGAUGUGCGCUUCCGGCGGCUUCCCGGCUGUUUCCUCAGCCACAGGGGCCGCCAGGCUGAAGUGGUGAGCGCAGAACGGCGUGGGGGCGGGGGGCGCCUAGCAGCCCACCUGUCAUUGGGUCCAGCAGUCUUUAGCCAUGGACCGGGACCUUCUGCGGCAGUCACUGAAUUACCACGGGCCGUCAUUGCUCUCCCUUCUCCGAAGCGAACAGCAGGACAAUCCGCACUUCCGGAGUCUCCUGGGGUCAACAGCAGAGCCGGCCCGGGGCCCGCCGCCCCAGCAGCAGUUACAGGGCAGAAAAGAGAAGAGAGUUGACAACAUUGAAAUACAAAAAUUCAUUUCCAAAAAGGCGGAUUUGCUUUUUGCACUUUCCUGGAAAGCAGAUGCACCUGCAACUUCUGACGUCAAUGAAGACAAUGAAGACGGUUAUGCAAUUAUGCCACCUUUAGAGCAGUUCAUGGAGAUCCCUAGCGUGGACCGGAGAGAGCUGUUUUUCCGAGAUAUUGAGCGUGGUGAUAUAGUGAUUGGAAGAAUUAGUUCCAUUCGGGAAUUUGGGUUUUUUAUGGUGUUGAUUUGUUUAGGCAGUGGCAUCAUGAGAGAUAUAUCCCACUUAGAAAUCACAGCUCUUUGUCCAUUAAGAGAUGUACCUUCUCACAGUAACCACGGGGAUCCUUUAUCAUAUUACCAAACUGGUGACAUUAUUCGAGCUGGAAUCAAAGAUAUUGACAGAUACCAUGAAAAGCUUGCAGUGUCUCUAUAUAGUUCAUCUCUUCCACCACAUCUGUCUGGUAUCAAAUUAGGUGUAAUUAGUUCUGAAGAGCUACCUUUGUACUACAGGAAAAGUGUUGAACUAAAUAGCAAUUCUUUGGAAUCUUAUGAAAAUAUCAUGCAGAGUUCCUUGGGAUUUGCUAAUCCAGGAGUAGUUGAAUUCCUUCUGGGAAAACUAGGAAUAGAUGAAUCUAAUCCACCAUCUUUAAUGCGAGGCUUACAGAGCAAAAAUUUCUCUGAAGAUGAUUUUGCUUCUGCAUUAAGAAAGAAACAGUCUGCAUCUUGGGCUUUAAAAUGUGUGAAGAUUGGAGUUGACUAUUUUAAGGUUGGACGCCAUGUAGAUGCAAUGAAUGAGUAUAAUAAGGCUCUGGAAAUAGACAAACAAAAUGUGGAAGCUUUGGUAGCUCGUGGAGCAUUAUACGCAACAAAAGGAAGUCUGAACAAAGCAAUAGAAGAUUUUGAGCUUGCAUUGGAAAACUGUCCAACUCAUAGGAAUGCAAGAAAAUACCUCUGCCAGACACUUGUAGAAAGAGGAGGGCAGUUAGAAGAAGAAGAAAAGUUUUUAAAUGCUGAAAGUUACUAUAAGAAAGCUUUGGCUUUGGAUGAGACUUUUAAAGAUGCAGAGGAUGCUUUGCAGAAGCUUCAUAAAUAUAUGCAGAAAUCUUUGGAAUUAAGAGAAAAACAAGCUGAAAAGGAAGAAAAGCAGAAAACAAAGAAAAUAGAAACAAGUGCAGAAAAGUUGCGUAAGCUCUUAAAAGAGGAGAAAAGGCUAAAGAAGAAAAGAAGAAAAUCAACUUCUUCUUCAAGUGUCUCUUCUGCUGAUGAAUCUGGUUCUUCAUCAUCAUCUUCCUCCUCCUCUGGUCACAAAAGGCAUAAGAAACAUAGGAGGAACCGUUCAGAGUCUUCUCGAAGCUCCAGAAGGCAUUUAGCUAAUAAGGCAUCCUCAAGUCAGAUAGAUCAGAAUAGGAAAGAUGAGUUCUUCCCAGUUCCAACCAAUACUUUAGCAUCUUUUCUUAACCAAAAGCAAGAAGUGGAAAAACUACUGGAAAAGCAGGACAGGUUACCAUAUCAAAAGAAACAGGUAAAAGAGAAAGAUAGAUGCCCUGUCUCUUCAUCUUCAGUUGAAAUUCCGGAUGAUUUUGGAGGUAGGUCUGAAGAUCCAAGAGAUUUUUAUACUCAGGCAAGUAGUAGCAAAACCGAAAAACCAUAUAAAUCAGAAAAACAUUUCUCCAGUAGAAGAGAUUCCUCAGAGUCCUUUUAUAGGAAUUCAGAGGACAAGGUGAAAACUUACGGUUACAGAAGAUUUGAAAAAGAUACAGAGGGAAGAAAAGAGCAUUGUAGAAGGUGGGAGCCAGGUUCCGUGAGGCACUCCACUUCACCAGCCAGCUCAUACUACUCUUAUAAAUCAGUUGAAAAAUAUAAAAAAUAUCCUUAUUCUGGAUCACGUGAUUUUGGUAGGCAUGAACAAAGAUACCAAUUAAAUAAAAAUCAAGGAGAAUAUGAUAUAGAGGAUAAUUACGAGGAGGACAUUAAAACAGAGGUUCCAGAAGCAGAUGAACUAAAUAGCAAAGAGCAGUCAGAAAGUGGAGUUAAAAAAAAUUUACCUCAAAAUUUACUCAAUAUAUUUAAUCAGAUAGCUGCAUUUGAAAAAGAAAAAGGAAAUAAGCCAAAAAAUUAAUAUGCCAAUGGAAUUAGCACUGUUACACAAAAGGCUGUUAAUGAGAGUUUUGGGUCUUGUAGUCCAGUGCAGAAAUGUCUGCUCCAAAAGCUAUUUUAUUUGUAGAGAUUGCAGAAAGCAAAUGCUUUUCAGCUAUUCUCAAAGUAUUUUUGUUUCAGUUGUGGGUGUCCUUCUCACAGCUUGAUUUUUAGGCUUUUCAUGUGUAUUUCAUGUGUACAGUAUUUCUUACUGUGAUGAUUUAAACUUCACCUAAAGAUAAUUCUCAAAGUGUUGCUUCUUCACUGUAUUAAAGUGUAUGAGAAUUUCUUGGGUCCAUCUUAUCCUGCUGUUUGAAAGAAAAUUAAAUUUGUUCAUUGAACACUUGGAUUGUUUUCUUCAAAAAUUAUUUAUGGUAUUUUCUGUUAAACUCUUUUCCCUCAGCUUUUGAAAGAUAUCUACAGUAUUUGGUUGUUCCUUACAUACUUUUUUUCACUGAUCAUUUAUUUGAGUACAAUUUCUGUAUAACUUCUAAGAUUAUACAUAGAUUGUCUUGCCUAAACAACCUCUGAAGCUUGACUUAAUUAAAAAUGGUGUGUGCACCAGCUUAGGAAUAAAGCCAUGAAAAUUGAAUAGGAGCCCAUUUUGCUUAUUUCUCUCACUCUUUUUUUUUUUUAACCUUAUUAGCAGGUUAAGAGAUUUCUUAAGUAUUGGCAAGACACUUAGAGACUAUGUUCCAGGCAAGAAUACAUCAGAAUAAAAAAGAAUCCUUUUAGCAAAAACAGCAGUGGCAAUAGAAGCACACUGUAAGUCUGCUUUUCUCCUAAGGGUAAGAAAAUUCAGAAACUGUCCUAGUACUGCAUGUGUUCAGCUGGGAAGGCACUGGGCAUGUUUUAAAUUAGCCUAGAACUGGCCUGCAUGUCUUCUUUUCUUAAUCUCUCUCUCUUGAUGCUUCCCUUCAUGCCACCUUUCAUAGGUCUGAAUAAAUGACUAGGUCAACAAACCCUGGUUUUACUCCGAUUAAAUUCUAGCAACUAGAGCUGAAGAAGUGACUUGGAUCUAAAGAUCCUCCCAAAUUUGAAAACAGAUUUGGAAAUAGAGGAUUCAUUUAUAAUGGUCUUUAGAAUCUUUCCAAUUUCAGAUUCUAGACACUAUAAAUGACAAUAGACCUUCAAUGCUAUCAUUCUAAGUCACUCUUACUAAGUAUGUACUGUUUGUGGCCUCCAGACUUCAGCAUUGGGAGCCUAAUGAAAAAGCUAAAGUUUGUUUUGCAGUUGAACAGAGAAAAACUGGUCAAAAAUCAUAGUUGAUAGCAGUAGAAAGGUCACUCAGACAUUCAUCUUUGUACCAAAAAGCUCAUCUUAAAAGAGUCUGUGGCUCUUUCUGUGUAGCUCCUAUAACUUCUGUACAGUCUUACAUAGUGGUUUUUGUUAAGCAUGAAAACUAUAUUAACAUAGUCUUUGACCUUUAAGAAUUGCUAGUACAUCUUUCGUAUUUUACUUAUGCCAUUUUAUGUACUAUAAUCUCAGUAUCACUGUGAACCCGCAUUGUAAUUGUCCAAGGUGUCUUUGUGGCUUAAUGUUACAUUCAGGAUUGUGCGGUUCCUAUGUGUUAGGCCCUGUACAUUUUGUAUAUAUUAUUUAUUUCAGUAAACUUGUAAGUAACUUACUGUCUCAGUAUAACAAAUAAGGAAAGAAGUACAGAGAAGUAACUUUCCCAAGAUCACAGAGCUAGUAAGACAAUCCCUGCCUCCUUAGAAGAUAGUGUUUAAUAUUGAAAUGCAAGUUGUAAGUAAUUUACAAAGUAAUAGAGGACAGAGAAUAAGAGCUAGUGAACAUACAAAGUGACCAUAAAAUUAACCCGGUUUUAGAGCUCAUAAAUCUCAUGCAUUUAGAACUAUGUUUUACAAAAAAAUAUUAUUCAUCAGACUUGGCUAUACUGUUUCCUGGCUAUUUCUAAAAAUAAUAAUAAAAUAUUCAAAUAAUGAUCAGGAAAAACAGGUUUAUUGCCACUACUACCUUUCAAAAGGAACUGCAAAUGACACUUUUAAACAAUGACAACUGUCAUAAAUACUUCCAAGGUUUGAAGGAGAAACACUGUCCAUUAAAAUACAUAGAUUCUAAUACAUUUAUAUAAAAGCCAGUUUUAUGACAAUCAUAAUCCACAUUCUGUUCUAAGAGUACAGAAGUGUUGGGCACAUGUUAUAUAGUAAAGUACAAAUUGAAUAACUAAUUCUAAAUCUGGUGGGACACCUCCACUAAAUUUGUGGAAUUCUUAUUGCAAAUCAAAUCACCCCUAGCUCUCUUUGUUUACUAAAUCAAGAAAAUCUUAGGGGAAAAAAGUCUUAAAAUACAUUCUUAUUCUUUAUGCUUGGUUGUAUCUUGAGAGUAAAAUGUUUAAUGUGUUUGACUUCUUUCAAGAUCAGAGUUGAGUAAUUUCUAGGAAAUUAGACUGCAUUUUUAUUGACACAGUGCUCUUUUCCUAUUCAUUGUUUUCUUUGGGGGGGUGCGGACGGUGGGGAAUGCUAUAUUUCUUUUGGUUAAGUUUUAGAAUCAUAUCAAAAGAAGACGCUAACAGACUUCUCCCCCAGAAGUCCAAAAACCUGUUUCUUUGAAUAAAGAAAAUUUAAUUUCAGGAUUUUUUAGGGUAAGUGAGAAUUUUAGUGUUAUAAACUAUUCAUAGACAGUGAAUCUUCAUAAAUGGCCAGAAAGAUUGUGUUACAUUAGAAUUGAGUGUAGUUUCGUGGCUAGCGUGAAAUAAUGAAGUAAACUAUUUACUAAUGUAAUAUCAAAAGAACAGUGAAAAACAUAAUUUUCUCUAUAUGCUUAUAGAACAUGUGGCCUUGUUAAGAAUCUGCUAUUGCUGCUUUCCUUUGAAGAAAAAAGUAUGGCAAAAGCUAAGAAAAUUAAAUGUUUCUUUGAC